AUGGUCGAGCAGUCGGAUCGGGCUCGGCUGCUUGACUGGGAGGAGAUCCCACCACCCGUACCAAGCCAGGCGGUUCCUUCGUCACCCGUGAAGAAAAAUGCAUCGGAGAAAACUUCCCCGCCAGACGGUCGCACACAGGGUAGCAGUGCGCCUCGCACAGGGUGGGGCACCGCUAGCACAAGGGGUCCAAAUGUAACAGCUGUGGUCUCCAGCGGAGAUGGCAGGCCACCCCGGCUCCGAGUGGAUCACUCUGUCCCCGGGUGGGAUAUAGCAAAGUCCCUGGGUGCUGCUGAUCAUAUCGGCCUCUCGGUGAAGGAGCAGUGGGAGGAAAAGGAUCAAAUCGUGGCUGUAUUCGUCGUUACCUUCGACACCAGAUCAGGCAACAUGGUAGAAUGGUCCUUGCCCCAGGAUAUGGAUCUUGACGGAGUGGAAUUCAAAUCGAUUGCCAGUGGCUCUCACCGGAUAACCAGUGACUUCAUAUAUUUCCGUAAAGGUUGUUACUUCGGACUGGCCUGCUUUGCCAACAUACCUGUGGAGAGUGAGCUGGAGCGUGGUGCUCGGAUGAAGUCUGUGGGUAUUCUGUCUCCAUCCUACACCCUCCUGUACCGCUACAUGCAAUUCCUGGAGAACCAAGUAAGACUCCAGCUCCGGUGUCCCGGCCAGUACUCCCCCCUGGAGGCCUUCUAUGAGGACAAAAAGGCCAUCCUUCCUCCGCUGGCCAACGGACAGGUCACUUCCUGCCCGACCUGGAGCGUGACCAAUAUCAGUCGCUGUAUGCACCCGGAAAUGAAGAUCACCCACCCAGCGGGCUGCAUGUCCCAGUUCAUCCGCUUCUUCGGGGAGCAGAUCAUGGUCCUGUGGAAGUUUGCCCUGCUGAGAAAACGCAUCCUCAUCUUCUCCCCUCCCCCCGUGGGCGUGGUCUGCUACAGAGUGUACUGCUGUUGCUGUCUGUCCAACGUCUCUCUGCUGGGGGUUGGUGUGGCGGUGCCUGAGCUCAGGCCGUUUUUCUACGUCAACAUCGCUGACAUCACGGCCCUGAGGACGGAGCUGUCCUACGUGGCUUGCACCACAGAGAAGAUCUUUGAAGAGAAGAAGGAGCUGUAUGAUGUCUACGUCGACAACCAGAACGUGAAGACCCACCGGAGCGAUCUGCAACCGCUGCUCCGCUUGAACGCGUCGGACAAAGAGAAGUACGCCAAGCUGAGUGAACAGAGGCAGAUGCUGCUGUACUCCCAGGAGGUGGAGGGGGACUGCUCCUCCAACGAGGAGGACCUCUUCAUAUUGUUCUUCAUGGAGCUCAACGACCGGAUCUUCCAGAUCUUGGGGGAGGUGGCGGCGAGCUCGGAGCCCAUCCUGACCGCCGAGCAUGUGAGGGCCAUGGGGCUGGACCCCCAGGGCGACCGCUCCUUCCUGGUGGAUCUGCUGGAGGUGUACGGCAUCGACGUCAUGCUGGUCAUAGACAACCCCUGCUGUCCCUGAGCCCUUCCUGAUGGGCAGGCGCCAGGUCACCUGGAUGGGGUGUGGGGGGGCCCCUGUGUGCGUGUGCGUGUGUGUGUGUUUGUGGUUUGGGGUGGCCACUGGAUAUAUAAUGCCUUCAAGGCCCCAGAAGAUCCUCGGUCACAUAAGACACUGCCUCAACCCUGGAGUGGGCAUCGCUUCCCAUCUCAUUAGGUCCUUAGUUCUCUUUCUCUCUCUGUAUUUACAUUUGUUCGUUUUCUGAGCAUCCCAAGUCUGUUGUUAAUACUGGGGGAGAUCUAAAGGAGGGUGGGGGGGGGGACCACUCUGCUGGAUACACAGUGGCGGAUUGACACCUACCCGGUAAGCAGCCUUGUUUUGGUUUGUCUUCGGCUCUGACGGCCUGUCACGUCUUCAAUCACCCGCCGUUACAUUUCUAGUGUUUUCACGACAACGGCACCCACCUCACGCUGAGCUGUGUUGUGAACCCUGGGGUGCAGCGUGCUAGCUCUUGCUAGCUCAGAGUGUUUCGAUGAGGAGGAACAUUCCAGUAGAUUGGAUGGUUUGCUUGUGUGCCUUGUCAUCCACCUUACGCAUCGCUUCUAGUAUCCACUAAUCUCAUUAGUCGUUAGUCUGAAGAAAGAGUGCUGCCAGUGGUGAGGAUUUACAGCCAUGGAGCUCUGUGUGCUUUAAAUACUCGUCACAAAGAAAACACUUUGUCGUAAGAUGUCGUUUAACAUCUUUUAAUAAAAUACAUUUCUUUAACUUUUGGAUGACACAUUCUGUUCUUGAGAAAGUAAAAUAAUGUUAUUUUUUAAAUUGCUCAUUCCACUGGCCUUUAAAGAAGAAACGAUAGGAAUAGAAUAAUACAAUAGUGUAUUAAACGUACGAUAGGCAACGCUUAUUUAUCAUAAAGUAAAUAUGUUCUGCUCCACAAGAUGACUGUUCUAUAUAAAGCAAAGUCACGAGCCUGAGAUAAUGUGUGCUCCGUGGCUGCGUGUUCAGUCAGGUGAUGCCCAGUAUCGGCUCUGCUAUCGAGGGUGCUCGUAGUUGUAGUUUAGCAUUGUGUUUUCAUUUGACUUUCUGUGAUCGGUGAUGUUCCUUUUUUUUUUAUUAUUUUAAGUAAGAAUGUGAAUCAUGAGCACUGUUAUCAUGAAUGCUGCACCAUCUCCAGUACUGGAGGAUUUUCUUAUUGAACAUGCCUUUAUUCUCAAAGAGUUAUAAUAAUUUAUGUUGUGCUGUGUUUAUAGCCCAGUAUUUCACACAAAUGAGAAUCCUGGUCACCGUGUAUUGAUGGUCUGUGCCAACAAGUCGUCCUCAAGUGGAGUGGCUGUGUGUGUGUGUGUGUGUGUGUGUGUUUUAUCUUCUGUGUGGUUGUCUUGCAUGUGCUGAAGAAAUACUGAAUGCGGGGCUUUUUAUUACGUCACUCGUUCAGUGAGACUGUAUUAUAGUACUAGAUACUGGAUUAUACUAAGAAGUUAUGUAUCGGUCCCUUUUUUUUAACAAACAUUUUGUAGAAUUGCUGUUGGAAAUGUCUUGCUGAUCAGUGUCAGUUGCCCUGGCGACUCGUCUGUGUGACAACAAUUCCUUUGUGUGCCUGGGGGAACCGGUGAUGUCAUGUGCAGGCAAAGGGUACAGGGGGAGAGUGGUCCUCCGAAUGUGCUGAUGGGCCCUUGUUAUUAUUGGUCCUUCCUAUAUAUCUCUGCUCUAGAAGGAUGGGGAAAAAAAUAACCACCCUUGAUGACCUGAAGCCUCAUCAAGGCUUCUGGUCAUGUCACUUACGAAAGAAUUAAAAAGUACAGCCAGGAUUUCGGCAUUAUCCUGUGCUAAAAUAAUCUUCUUUCUUUUUUUAAACGGGCACUUAACCCGUUUUUGUUCGGUGUGGUUAACGUGGGCCUUAAGGAAAUGUAGGCGUUAUAACUACUGUGAAAUGAUUGACUACUGCGUUCGUCAAAUAUUUGCUUUAAGACGAGUGUUCCUCACACCUACCCACCUGCCUCCAGUUGAACUGAAUGUUUAAUUUUAGGUGUAUGCAACAGGGAAGGAAAGUACACAACACACAGCACUGUAUAAAAGGUCUUCUUUGUUGAGUUGCUCAGAGAUGUGUACCAGCAUUAGUAAAUAAGUAUUUGACUGUUUGCCACACCACUGAAUGUCAAUACACAGCAGAUUUGUAACGCACAAUUAUUGUCACCACACCUCAUUAUACAGUUACGGUUCAUUUCUUGAAUGUAUUCAAGAGAAAUAAGCCAGACUCACAUUAGCAACUUUAAUGGUUUAACUAACAUGAAACACUUUGAGACAUUGGUAUAGAACAUGUAAGUCUCAUCACUUUAACCACUUCAUCUCAUGCCAGGUCCACGGUCCUGCCAUUGUAAAACAAUAAACUCUUUCUUGGAUAAAAGUGCUCUA